GUAAUAAAAAUGUGGUGUAAUGUAAUCUUCUGAGAUCUCAGAUUUUUCUCACCCAAUCUUUGGAAACUCCGCCUUUUCGUCUCUUUAUAAGGUCCACACUCUUCAUUCACACAUUUUCACAAUGCCAUUCUUCUUUUGCUUAUUCUCAUCCUCAUCCUCCGUCAUUUCUAACGGCAGCAAUGGACGGUGCCCCAGCUGCGUUACCUUUGCCUCUUCCUUUUCACAAUAAUAAUACUCCUUCCUCAUUCACGCUCAACAAAAGGCACACUACUACCGGUACCAGGACUAACGGCGGCGACGUUACUAGGGACAUGGUUGUAAAGAAAGAGAAGGAAAAGAGAGCGUCGUUUAUGACGUGGACGGCGGAGGACGUGGCGCACGUGGCGAAGUUCCAUUGGAUGCCUUGUUUGUUCGCCAUGGGUUUGCUGUUCUUCAUGGGCGUGGAGUACACGCUCCAUAUGAUCCCUUCGUCUUCUGAGCCUUUCGAUUUGGGGUUCGUCGCCACGCGCUCCCUCCACCGCGUCCUCUCCGCUUCGCCUGAACUCAACACCUUCCUCGCUUUUCUUAACACUGUAUUUGUGGGAAUGCAAACAACAUAUAUCCUGUGGACGUGGCUAAUAGAAGGACGUCCGAGGGCCACAAUAUCGGCUCUAUUCAUGUUCACGUGCCGAGGAAUUCUUGGUUACUCCACGCAGCUCCCUCUGCCUCAGGGAUUUCUGGGCUCUGGAGUGGACUUUCCUGUAGGGAAUGUAUCAUUCUUUCUAUUCUAUUCGGGUCAUGUAGCUGGGUCAGUGAUUGCGUCGCUAGACAUGCGACGAAUGCAAAGGUUUGAAUUGGCAAGGAUUUUUGACGUGUUGAAUAUUCUCCAAGCUGUGAGAUUGCUGGGUACUAGGGGUCACUAUACUAUUGAUUUGGCCGUAGGGGUUGGAGCUGGAAUUCUCUUUGAUUCUCUUGCUGGAAAGUAUGAAGAAAGCAAGAAAAUACCACCCAUUGCUGCCACCACCAUUACCAAAGACACUUUCUUUACAUAAUACUAGCGAGGAGGAAGAACAAACAGAAACCCGUUCUUCUACGCGUCCAACUUGAUGAAGUUAUCGACUAUGAGUGAUGGACAAUCACUAUCACUGUCAUAUGGACCCAUCACUUAUAGUCGACCAUUUCAACAAGUUGUAGCAAAAAUUAUAUUUUUAGAUUUUCUCAACAUAAAUUAAAACCAAUGGAGGAAUUCUCCUUGGUCUACUUAGGAACACGCUUUGAAAUGUCAACAAGACGAUGGGAAAUGCUGUUCCAACGAAUAUAAGAAAAUAAAAAAUGUGACCCUGUAAAGAGAGGUGCUUAGAGAGGUCAACUACCAUUUUCUUUGUUCA